AUGGCUACCGAUCAAGAAGUGGCCACUGCGCUUAAGGUGCAGGGCAAUAAGGCCUUUGCUCAGCACGACUGGCCAGUCGCAGUCGACUUUUAUAACCAGGCUGUGGCCAAAUUUGACAAGGAUCCAUCCUUUUUCUGCAACCGGGCCCAGGCUCAAAUUAAGCUCGAAGCUUUCGGCUUUGCUAUUGCGGACGCUACCAAGGCAAUCAAAUUGGAUCCCAACUAUGUGAAGGCUUACUGGAGACGUGCCCUCGCAAAUACCGCCAUCCUAAGCUACAAGGAGGCCUUGAAGGACUUCAAGGCUGUGAUCAGACUCGAGCCCGGCAACCAGAAUGCUCGGUUGAAGGCUGCCGAGUGUGAGAAGCUCGUGCGCCGAAGAGAGUUCGAGCGCGCCAUUGAGAUUGCAGACCCGCCUUCUGCUUUUGCGGAUCUGGACAUUGAUGCUAUCAAGGUUGAGGACGGUUAUGACGGUGUGCGCCUUGGCGAGGAAAUGUCGCAGGAGUUCAUCGAUGAUAUGAUUCAACGCUUUAAGGAUGGAAAGAAGAUCCAUCGCAAAUAUGUCUUCCAGAUCAUCAAGGCCGUGAAGGAUCUAGUAUACAACGAGCCUACGAUGGUGGAAAUUGGCGUGGAAUCGGGCAAGAAGCUGACAGUCUGCGGUGAUACGCACGGCCAAUACUUCGAUUUGCUCGAGAUCUUCCGACGAAACGGCGCUCCCUCCGAUACUCACGCUUACCUCUUCAACGGUGACUUUGUUGACCGUGGCUCCUGGUCCUGCGAAAUCGCACUGCUGCUCUAUGCAUACAAGUGGUUGCGUCCCAACGGCCUUUACCUUAACCGCGGUAACCACGAGACGGAUGAUAUGAAUAAGGUCUACGGCUUUGAAGGCGAGUGCAAGGCCAAAUAUAACGAGCGGGUCUUCAAGGUGUUCUCCGAGUCCUUCUCGGCUCUGCCGCUGGCCACCUUGAUUGGUGAGAAGUACCUUGUCCUACACGGUGGUCUCUUCUCCGACGACAAAAUUAAGUUGGAUGAUAUCCGCAAGCUCAACCGUCACAACCAACGGCAGCCUGGCCAAGCGGGCCUGAUGAUGGAGAUGCUCUGGACUGACCCGCAGACCGAGGUUGGCCGCGGCCCCAGCAAGCGUGGUGUCGGUCUUCAAUUCGGCCCUGAUGUGACUAAGCGCUUCUGUGAAAACAACGGCCUAGAGGCUAUUAUUCGUUCCCACGAAGUGCGGAUGGGUGGCUAUGAGGUCGAGCACGAUGGUCGUUGCAUCACCGUCUUCUCCGCUCCUAAGUACUGCGACUCAACUGAAAAUAAGGGUGCUUAUAUCAACAUCGGCCCCGAGCUCAAGCUUGCAUAUGAAGUUUUCGAGGCAGUGCCACACCCCGAUAUCAAGCCGAUGGCCUACGCGAAUAACUCUAUUCUUUCGGGAAUGUGA